AUGCAAGUUCUAGGGGUCAAGGACCCAGUCAUGUGCCGUGCCUUCUUGCCGACCCUGAAGGGAUCGGCCAAGAGAUGGCUUGUGGCCUUACCCACAGGCUCGAUCCGCAGCUUCGAGGAGUUGGCCGACCGCUUUAUGAGUCACUACGCCGCUAACAUAAAACCACAGAAGAACCUAACGCAUCUGGAGGAUAUCCAUCAAGAUGAGGGUGAAACCCUCAAAGCGUACCUGGCUCGGUGGCAAAAGGAAAUCCAAUCUAUCGAGGAGGUGGAAGACCAAACUGCACUUACCUUCUUUAUCGAGUCGCUUCGAUCCGGACAACUAUAUCAAGAUCUGCGGGACAACCGGCCGGCUACCUACGCGAAGGCCAUUCACAUGGCCAACAAGCGAGCCAACACGGAGCAAGUGUAA